UUACUGCAUGUAACAAACUCCGUGUCCUUCAGAACUCUCCUGGAAGGAAUGGGAACAAAGCGGAAAGGAACCAACAGCUAAUGGCACCAGUUGCAUGCAGUAGAAUAGGUCACCACUUUCUGUGUGGGGAGAGAUCUUCAAUACCAGCUUUGGGAGAGUUAAGCCGAUGCCCUGCGAGAACUUUUUGAUGACCUUGCAAAGUAGCCAACAAUCAAGUGCAAAGUCAUCCAGAGUCACGCUGGAAUGUUGUGACAAAAAUCACAGGACGGCAUGGGAUUCAUCCCAUUCUGUCACUGCCCGACUGUGAAAAGCAGAAGUCAACGGAACCAAAUGUCUGAGCCAGCACAGCGUGAGACACUUGAAACGCAGACACCACCAUCCAUGGGCUAGGGUCCUGCCAUGGCAUGAAUCGAGGCGAAAGAUAGAAGCAUGUCAGCGAGACGUCUAAGAACAAGCCUUGCUGUGCUCUUCCUGGGCCUCUUGGGGGUCCUGGAGGCCCCUGCAAUCUCGUGCAGAAAUGAAGCAGGCAGAGCUGUGGACUGGUUUGUCUUUUAUAAGUUACCUAGAAGACAAGGCAAAGACUUUGGGGAAACUGGACUAGAGUACUUAUACCUGGACUCUGCAACCCGAAGCUGGAGGAGGAGUGAGCGCCUGGUGAAUUCCAGCAGGAGUGCUUUGGGAAGGACCUUACACCAGCUGCACGAAGCACAUACGGCCAAGAGUAACAACACAGCCUAUCUUAUGUACAAUGAUGGCAUCCCCAAGUCUAUGAAUUACAGCAGAAAUUAUGGACACACCAAAGGUCUCCUGCUGUGGAACAGAAUCCAGGGGUUCUGGCUGCUUCACUCCAUUCCAGGGUUUCCUCCAGUCCCGGAAGAAGGCUAUGAGUACCCAUCCACAGGAAGACGAAACGGACAGAGUGGCAUCUGUGUAACCUUCAAGUACAGCCAGUUCGAAGCAAUAGAUUCUCAGCUCUUGGUCACUAACCCAAACAUCUACUGCUGUUACAUCCCAGCCACCUUUCACCAGGAGCUCGUCCACAUGCCCCGGCUGUGCGCCAGGUCUAGCUCGUCAAAGAGCCCUGCCCGGCACCUCACCACGCUCCAGUCGGCCCAGGGAAAAAACUUCCUCCAUUUUGCAAAGUCAGAUUCUUUUUCUGACGACAUUUUCGCAGGCUGGAUGGCUCAACAGCUGAAGACACAUUUGCUGGCAGAAACUUGGCAGCGAAAGAGACAAGAGCUUCCUUCAAAUUGCUCUCUUCCUUACCAUGUCUACAACAUCAAGGCCAUUAAGAUAUCUCGAAAAUCUUAUUUCAGUUCUUACCAGGACCAUGCCAAAUGGUGCAUUUCCCAAAAGGGCACUAAAAAUCGCUGGACAUGUAUUGGAGACCUAAAUCGGAGUCCACACCAAGCCCUCAGAAGUGGAGGAUUCAUUUGUACCCAGAACCAGCACAUUCACCAAGCAUUUCAAAGAUUAGUUUUAUAUUAUGAGGACUGUGACUAAACUUGGUCAAAGGCUAUGCACACUCUUAUUGAAAACAAUGGCAAGUGGAAGUUCUUGCUGUACACCCAUUCUUUAUGUAUGA